AUGGAUGUGAAGCAUCAUUGGAGCCGUGGUAAAGUGAGACGGAAGGUAGUCCGCGAUCAACAGUCAUAUCCGACUCCUAUUAUUGGUCAUGGAAGUGAAGCAUCAUUGGAGCCGUGGUCAAAGGUAGUCCGCGAUCAACAGUCAUAUCCGACUCCUAUUAUUGGUCAUGGAAGUGAAGCAUCAUUGGAGCCGUGGUCAAGUGAGACGGGCGAGGUAGUCCGCGAUCAACAGUCAUAUCCGACUCCUAUUAUUGGUCAUGGAAGUGAAGCAUCAUUGGAGCCGUGGUCAAGUGAGACGGGCGAGGUAGUCCGCGAUCAACAGUCAUAUCCGACUCCUAUUAUUGGUCAUGGAAGUGAAGCAUCAUUGGAGCCGUGGUCAAGUGAGACGGGCGGUGAGUGA